CCCUAGCCGAGCCCGAACAUGGCUGGGAACCUGAAGAAAGGCGGGGGGAUCAUCGGAAUGAUGAAGGAUGCCUUCCAGCCACACCAUCACCACCUCCACUCCCAUCACCAGCCCGGGGCCGUGGACAAAAAGACGGUGGAGAAAUGCUGGAAACUAAUGGACAAGGUGGUGCGGCUAUGCCAAAACCCCAAACUGGCUCUGAAGAACAGCCCUCCCUACAUCCUGGACCUGCUGCCAGACACCUACCAGCACCUGCGCACCAUUUUGUCUCGUUACGAGGGCAAAAUGGAGACUUUGGGUGACAAUGAGUAUUUCCGGGUCUUCAUGGAGAACCUGACAAAGAAGACCAAGCAGACCAUUAGCUUGUUCAAGGAGGGCAAGGAACGCAUGUAUGAGGAGAAUUCACAACCAAGGAGGAAUCUUACCAAGCUGUCUUUGAUCUUCAGCCACAUGCUGGCUGAGCUGAAGGCCAUCUUCCCCAAUGGUCUGUUUCAGGGUGACAACUUCCGCAUCACUAAGGCAGAUGCUGCAGAGUUUUGGAGACGCGCCUUCGGGGAUAAAACCAUUGUGCCUUGGAAGGUAUUCCGUCAGUCUCUCCAUGAGUUUCAUCCCAUCAGCUCUGGGCUGGAGGCUAUGGCCCUAAAGUCCACCAUAGAUCUAACCUGCAAUGACUACAUCUCCGUCUUUGAGUUUGACAUAUUCACCAGGCUAUUUCAGCCUUGGUCAUCCCUGCUGCGGAACUGGAACAGCUUGGCAGUUACUCACCCGGGGUACAUGGCCUUCCUCACCUACGAUGAGGUCAAAGCUCGGCUUCAAAAGUUCAUUCACAAGCCUGGCAGUUACAUCUUCCGACUGAGCUGCACAAGACUGGGCCAGUGGGCUAUUGGCUACGUGACUGCAGAUGGAAAUAUACUCCAGACCAUUCCCCAUAAUAAACCCCUCUUCCAGGCUCUCAUUGAUGGUUUCAGGGAAGGAUUCUAUUUAUUCCCUGAUGGCCGGACUCAAAAUCCUGACCUGACAGGACUGUGCGAGCCUUCGCCUCAAGACCAUAUCAAAGUCACCCAGGAACAAUACGAGCUGUACUGUGAGAUGGGCUCCACUUUCCAGCUUUGUAAGAUCUGUGCCGAGAACGACAAGGAUGUGAAGAUUGAGCCCUGUGGUCAUCUCAUGUGCACUUCCUGUCUCACUGCCUGGCAGGAGUCAGAAGGUCAGGGAACAGGAUGUCCCUUUUGUCGCUGUGAGAUUAAGGGUACGGAGCCGAUAGUUGUGGAUCCUUUUGACCCAAAGGACAACAGCGGAGGGUCUUCCAAGAGCACAUUUGGGGCUGAGGGUGCACCCUCACCCAGCUACGACGACGAUGAUGAUGACAGACUUGAAGACCCUCAUCUAAUAAUGAGCAAACUUGCCUGCACAAAGGUGGAGCGUCCCCCAUCACCUAUGUCUGGGACUCCUCAGUCCUCUCUUCCCCCAGUGCCUCCCAGACUAGACCUAUUACCGCACAGACCUCCCAACCCCCCUGGUGCCUCCAGCCCUGGAGUCAGCAGUAAGGCACCAUCUCAUCACAAAGACAAGCCUCUUCCCCUUCCCCCAGCACUGCGUGAUCUCCCCCCUCCCCCUCCUCCAGACCGUCCCCACACAGCCGGGGCAGCCCCUGAUGGACGGCUUCAGAGGCGGCCCUUGCCCAGCACACCCGGGGAGCCCCCUCGCGAUAAACUCCCUCCUACACCCCCAAACCGACCCCUGUCUGACUGGACCUCCAGGCCGGUUCCCAAGGCUCCCACCUCCUCUUCGUCAUCCUCUUCGGUAUCCUCUUCGUCCACCCAGUUCCCCUGUCUGGGCGGGGACCUCCGAGCAGGUGUCAGGGAACUCUCCAACAGGCACUCCCUCCCCUUGGCACUGCCCUCCGCCAUGGACGCUCGCUCAGACUCCCAGAACAACAGCUCCCUCAGUCUGGACCACCAGCUGAAUUUUUCCACGGGAGUUGGUCAAGAUUACGACAACCCCAGAGUCAAACCUUCUGUCUCAGCCAACGCCAUUUAUGCACUGGCAAACAGAGCGUCCCCAGCUACAGCCAGGCCAGCAGGAGGAGAUGAAGGACAUGACAGUGAUGAUGAGUACAUGAUCCCCUCUUCUCGGCCCGUUCUGCCCCCCAUCCCGACUCCACUCAUGGGGGAGACCCCACCAAUCCCAAGACCCCCACAGCCCGUGUCAGCAGUCCCGACACAGACCCAGGCCUCUGCACUGAACACACGGCUGAUUCUGGACGAUGUACCUCAUUCACUCCAAAUGUAUGAAGCCAUGUUCAACGCCCAGCCCAGGUCACAACAAGCGAGAGAUUCAGACUAUUCAGAUUUGCCCCCUCAACCAGUGAGUAACGGUCCCAGAGACCAUGAGGCUGACGACGGGGAAGAGGAGGAGAACGGCUACGACUUCCCAAAACCCCGACUGCCUUUGCCUCCCGCCCGACGGACCCUUUCAGAAAUGGGGGGGUCUUUGUCUUCAUCUUCUUCAUCCUCCUCAUUAUGCGCUGCAGCAGCUUUCAAUCGUCUUUCUCUAGAUGCGGAUGCUGGAGCGACAGCACCCUUCCCAGAUCCAAUGGAGGCACCAGAGAGACCUCCAAAGCCCCUUCCCAGACGAAUCAAUUCCGAGCGCCGGGCCAGCCCAGUCCCCCCCACUCCGCUCGGCGGCGGGGCAACAGGAGGAGAAGCCAACCCACAAAUCAGUAGCGAGAUCGAGCACCUAAUGAGUCAGGGAUACACUCAGCACGACAUCCAGAAAGCACUGAUGAUUGCACAGAACAAUAUCGAGAUGGCCAAGAACAUCCUGCGCGAAUUUGUCUCCAUUCCCUCUACCGCGCACAUUCUCACAUAGCACAUCCUCCCGCCUCUCUCCUGUUUGCUCUCUUUUGCCUAGCUUGGCCCAGCCUGGUUUGGUUUAGGCUGGCAUAGACCAGCCCGAAACCCAAAGCCACUGCCUGCAGCACUAGCUCCAGUGCUGGCUGACACCCUACGCCCCUGUGGAUUUUUAACUGGCUGUUACUCCAGCAAGCUCGCAGUGUCUCGGGACUCUCGCCCUGCACUCCACACGCUUUCACAGUGUCUGGCCUUCUUUGAACUGCUGCAGCCGGCCUCUUAGUUUUCAACAACAUCUCCGCAGGACUCAUCCCGUGCGGAGCAACGACAAAUAAUGGAACGCCGUAUAAUUGCAAGGCUUCUGUAGGAAUGUCGGAGAGAUGGAUUCUUAUCCUUUCAUUUUGAAGCCUCUUGCUGAAAAUGUAACCAACACCUCACAAAGAAAACUAAAAUGUAUGUCUAUAUGAAAAUUUAAUAUAUGAGUAAAUAUAUAUUAAAUGUGUGUAAUAUAUACAGUACGUGCAUAUAUAGUAUGUGAAAAUGAUCGCAGCUUUGAGGGUCACGGUUGGUACAGGCGAAAAAAGCGCAGAUGGGACCAGGUUAAAGAGUCGGUUGGGGGAUUUCUGUAACUGGGUGAGGACGAGUCGGGGUGUCUUCCUCACCCAGGUUUGUUGGUCAGCAGCAGUUUGGGGGGGGAAAGAAAAAGAAAAAAAAAAAAAAACAUGCCGCAGAGCUUCUUCAUUUGGAAUUCAGUCUGUUAUGGCCUUCGAUUAACUGUUGCUUUGGUACUUUUUUUGUUUUAGAAACUGCUUGUUUUGUCAUGUUGUUGUUUUUUGUUUUUUUCAAAGUAGCAUGAAGAUGGUUUCAGGUCUUGUGUGUGUGUGUGUGUGUGUGUCAGACCUACACCUCAUGGCCUGCUCUUAACACGAACCCCUGUUCCUGUACAUCAUGAAUGUGGAAUUACACUCUGUGUACUCAAGACUCGUGCUCUGUAAACGUACUACUGCUCGAACUUGUGUGUCAGGGCCCAGUGUAGCUGUAGAGCCUGGCAGUGAGAUUAGAGGACGUACUAAUGUUGACGCCCCUGCAGUACCAGACAGGCUGAACGCUUUUUUUUAUUUUUUAUUAUUUUAUCAUCAUCAUUAUUAUUUUUGACUAACUUCUUAGGCUGACUAGUUCAGAUUUCUAUCUCCAGCUCAGUCCGGUGUUACAAAAACAACAACAAAAAAAAGUCAUUGAUUUUACUUUGAUAAUAUAUUAUUGUAAUAUGAUCAUAAAUAUUGUUAUUAUAAUUAAUUCAGAAGUGCUUCACUGCUGCUACUGUUGUUAGUGCUAAACAAUUAAGACUUCAAUGUACAAUUGUGAAUAUUGUGUUUAACCGUCUUUAAAGUGACAGUAUCAUGUGUUUCUCUAGUCUGUAAUGUAGCAUACUUGAAAGUACAAGCGACUUGUGAGCACACAGCUCUAUCAGGUCGCAAAUCUUCAGUGUUUUUCUUUUCUGUUUUUCUUAACAUAUAUAUAAAUAUAAAAUAUACUCUGUAAGUGGAAUCUGUAGAGGAACAGAAAUAUCACAAGCAAAAUGUUCUGGGAAUGGAAACCAGACGUUUUGCAACAGAUUCAAGCUUCUCUUUCACAUCGGUUUCCUUCCUCUGUAGGAGUUCGUCCUGCUGAAAGGGAGCGACUGCCGAGGCUUUUUAAUUGUAGGCUCAUGGGUUUGUUGGCGCACCCCUCCAAGUCUACAGAAAAUCAGUGUUUGGGCUGACUGUAAGAGCUAACUCAGGAAUAAUAAUGUAUGUCUGAACAAGUGGUGUUCACCCUGUCUGUCAAAAAAAAAAAAACAAAAAACCCCAGAAGAGACUCAUAUUGGCAUAGACAGCAGCUCACCUGUCCAGCUGUCUGUUCAUCCAGGUGACAUGUAGCCAAAAGUUUCCGCGUAAUGAAGUCACACAAGUUUUUUUAAUUACUCAUUUUGGUUUGUCAUAAGUUGCACAUUAGUGUUUUGUUUUUUUUAAGAUUAUUUCCAGUGUUUGCAGGUCUAUAAAGACAGCAGCUUCAUUUCCAGGUACUAAUUACAAAUGCAUUAUGAGGAAUUCAUCCAAGCAGCUUCUAGGUACACUGACUGAACCUCUCCCAGCAUAUGAAGAAUGUUUUUUUUUGGGGGGGGGUUUCACCCACCCUGGGAGUGUGUGCAUCGUGUAAGUCAGCCCUGUCUUAUUCUGGGUGUCUCUGCAUGUUGACUGGAAGCUUUGUGCUGUCUCGCCCUCUUUUAUUUCAUUUUGGGGUCUUUUUUACUCUUCCUAGUUGCCUUGAGAAACUUCUUGAAUGAUGUUUAAUGGACAGGAAGCUCCCCUCAUAUCAUCAAUACUGUACCAGUGUGUGUUUAUAUAUUAAGAAUGGCAUGUCAUUGUCUUGUAUUAUUUACCAUUGUUUUUGUUUUUGCACAUUAUACCAGUUUGUGCUUUGAUACUGUCACUCUAAAGAAAAGCAAAUUGUAUAGAGUUAGAUAUGAAAAGAGGAAGAAAAUGGCUGUUAUAUUUCAUUUUGCAUUCCUGUACAUGUAUUUUGUUCCAAAGGAUUUGUUUACUUAUGUGAAUAAUUCAGUGAGCAGUGCCAUAUGUUUUUGUUUUUUUAGAUGUUUUUUGGAAGAGCGUUUGUUGGUAUAGAUGUGUACCUGUUGGUCUCCGAAGGCAAAAUGAUGCGGUAUUGCUUGUGUUAAUCUGUCCUCUAUGCUUCUUCAGCCUCAUCAGGCCUCAGACUCUGAGCUUGAUGCUAACCAGGGGUAUUUCAGUUAUCUGCCAGAAGAGGGAGCUGUUGUUCCACACGGCUGCAUUGCUUCUCAACAGUAAAAAGCUUUUUUUUUUUUUUUUUUUUUUUUUAAUUUUAAAGGUUUUUAAAGCUCAUAUCAAUUUGGAAGUAUGCACAGUGCUGUUAAUAAAAUGACAAGCAAAAGCC